GGCCGAGGCUCAGUACCCAAGCACACCUGGGUCCGAGCGCACUCCGUUCUCAAGCCAUUCAGCAUCCAAUCCGCCGAGCGAGUCGCGUAACUAUACUACUUAGUGAUGAGUGACCCCUGACCUCUGGCCGGUCAUGUGACUCGUCCUAGAACGCAAGACUUCUGCUGAGCGAGACGGAGCCCAACAACCACAGCCCCUUUGUACAUAUAAAUACAAGUGCGAAAUCGGGAGUGCGCGCGACAUUGUAAAAAGUUUUCGUGUGAUAGUGAUGCGCGUCGCUGCUAGGAUUGCGCAAUAAAUGUCGCUGCCCCACGCACCCCACCAGAGCGUCGAGGCCGUCGCCGGCCCCCUGAGACUCUCGCCCGCCCUGACCCCGAACCCACCCCUGAGCGUGUCCUCAACGACGGGCCCAAUGCCGGUGCCCAGGCCCCAGGGCCAUCGACCCGGCCCCCCGCAGGUCGCACUCGAAACAGCCGCAACGCCAGCCAACAAAAUCGUCGGCAGGAAUCUCAACGGCACCUUGGUGAUGACAUCGGCGCCUGCAAACGAGGCAGAGUUGCAGCUGUAUCGAGUGAUGCAGAGGGCCAGUCUUCUCGCCUACUAUGACACACUGCUUGAGAUGGGAGGUGAUGAUGUGCAGCAGCUGUGUGAAGCCGGCGAGGAGGAAUUUCUCGAAAUCAUGGCCCUAGUGGGCAUGGCCUCGAAGCCCUUGCACGUCCGCCGGCUGCAGAAAGCCUUACAGGAGUGGGUCAACAACCCUGCUCUGUUCCAGACGCCGCUGCUCCCACCUCAAGUGCCGAACCACAGCACGAGCAGCAGCAGCCCCCUGUCGCACGAAUCGGCGCUGUCGCCGACGCGUCCGAUCAACCUGUCGUCGACACACGCGCCGGCACCGCCGCCGGCGCCGCCCGCGACGCCGUCCCCCGCACUGCCGCAGAGCUCGCCUGUGCAUGUGGUGCAGCGUCCAGUGCGUGGCAGCCCCAGUCCGCAGCUGCCCAAGGAGACGGGCUCGACGGGGGGCAGCGUGGGGGGCGGCUCAUCGGGGGGCGCCCCAUCACCCGGCCUUAACGUGAGUGCACACGCCAGACUCGAUUUGCCCGUGUGCCUAACCCAGAGUUCGCAGGUCGGUGGAGGGGAGUCCCUGAGCCCCGGCUCGCCGCCACCCUUGCAGCUCACCCCCACCCUCGGUGAGCACCAGAUCAACAGGUUGGCUGAGGCGGCAAAGGCGCUCGCCACCUCCUUGCCCAGCUACGAACCCAAGCCGCAGAACAGCAAAAAGAGGAUCUGCAAAGACUUGGAGAUUGUUAUGAACAUGUCUGAUGAUGACCCGCGGAGAAUGGACGAGAUCAGAAAGUACGCUGCCAUUUACGGCAGGUUCGACUGCAAGCGAAAACCUGAAAAGCCGCUUACCCUGCACGAGGUGUCAGUGAACGAGGCGGCCGCUCAGAUUUGCAAGUUGGUUCCGGCUCUUCUGACUCGCAGGGACGAACUAUUCCCGCUGGCGAGACAGGUUGUGCGUGACUCUGGAUAUCAAUACUCUAAGACGCACGUCAGUUUUGAUAGCUUCAUGUCCGGCUGUCCGAGUCUGUACCAGCCGCGCGGAAAUGGCACGGACGAACUCAUCUCCUCGUCCAGCAGCAGCAAAAGACUGAGACUCGCGGAGAGCGCCGAACUGUCCGAUUUCCGCAGACAGGAGCGUCUUGAGCAGAUUUCCGAGGAGUUGCGCGCGAUGGCCGAGAGGCAGGAGGAGCUGCGACAGUUGGCGAACGGCGGCGGCAAUGACACUUGGCAGAGCCAGUUGGAGGCCCUGCAGACGCGGCAGGCUCAACUGGCCGUCGAGCAGGCCGAGCUUGGCCGCCACGCGCCCUCCAACACUCGUACCUCCCUGCCCAGAAGGAGCGCUCGAAUUUCCGGCGCCAGUUACGGUGACGACCACACCGACGACACAGACUCGCAGCUCUCCUACAGCAACGCCAGUUCGCCCUCUCAAGACGUUGGUGACUCGCGAGACUCGAGCACAAAGGAGAGCGAAGAGAUUAGGUUAAGAAAAGGCAUCAGCAAACAGUUGGUGCAGGAAACUCUACUGGACGAGGGACUGCGGGUAGUAAAGGAGCUUGUCGCCAGCCAUAAUAAAAGUCGCUUUGACGACUGCAGUGACCGGACGACGCCACCCCACGCUCACAGUAAUCGGCCUCCGUCGAGCAGAACAAACCACCGCCUAACUCACGCCUUUGAAAAUUACUAUGAUGAGAAUAAAGUGCAGGUGAUUUCUGCAAGUGGUACAAACAUCAUCGCAGUGGCCAACCCCGCGUUAUCCAUGUCGCCGGCCAUGUUGGAGGAGGAGGCGAAGAGCGUGCGUCAGGCCGGCGUGCAUAGCCCUCUGCAGCUGCUCGGCCUGGGACAGGCGUUUAAGCAGGAGCCGCUUUCACCGUCCUAAUGAGACAGCGACCAACUCAAAACUAAAGUAGCAACCGUCCGUGAACUGAGAGACUUUGGGAGUGGCGGCCUCAGCAGUGGCCGUUGUCGUGUUUUGCUUUUUGUCGUCCCAAGCGAUUUAUUUCGAGGAGAUAAUAAUCAAAUAUAAUUUUUUAAUUUUGAGUGAGAGCUUUUGUUACUUUUUGAGAAAUGAUACUUAACGUGCAGACAGGAAGAAGCACUGCCAACUUGUGGAGAAUUUUGUGUGUUGAUAAUCCAGUAUGAUGUCAUUUGGUUGAAAAUCGAAAUUUUAAGUUUACAAUAAACUGCUAAGUCCCGCUGACCUCGCGAAAAUUGUUGAAAACGUGCUGAUUAGAUUUCGUUAUUAAUUGUAAAGCCCCUUUUGUCCAGGGCCGUUUGCAAUAAUAGUCUUGGUCUUAUUUCAACAAGUGAAACAUGUGAUUUCUUCAUGACAAAAAAUAUGCGAUUUGUAGAGGAAGGUGUUCAUUAUUGAUUAACCAUAAAAUGCAGAUGAAAUUUAUAAAAAGUAUGAGCUGUGAUAUGUGCUAAUUGUCUGAAAUGUUCAAUAAAAUGUUUUCUUGUAAUACAAUUCUAGGAAAAUGUCAUUUGUUAGAAAAAUUACAAUAUUAAAUUACGUUUAAGUACAUAUUGUUUAAUAGAAAUAUUCGAUUAUUUAUUUGCAAUUUUUACUAAACGAUCCAACAACACACGACUUGCAUAAAUUUUUAUUAUAAUUUUAUUAUAAUCAAUAAAAACAGUCAAUCAAA